AUGUCACGCUACGCUGUCGCCCACGCCAAGCCAAACGGCCCUGGAGACGCACGCCCCACGGCCCUACAGAUCAUCAAGGACGAGGGCGUCGAGGGCAAGCUCCAGGGCGAGGCCAUUGUCAUUACCGGUACCUCUUCCGGCAUCGGUAUCGAAACUGCUCGCGCUCUAGCCGCCACUGGUGCCACCCUCUAUCUCACAGCCCGAGACGUUGCUAAGGCCCAGUCCGCCCUCGCCGGUAUAUUUGAACCUUCCCGUAUGGAGUUAAUCCAGAUGGACCAAGCAUCUCUUGCCUCUGUCCGUGCUGCCGCCGCCGCUAUCCUCGCCAAGACCUCCAAGAUUCACCUCCUCGUGAACAAUGCCGGUAUUAUGGCCAUCCCAGACCUCCGCUUGACCGCCGAUGGCCACGAACUCCAGUUCGGCACGAAUCACCUCUCGCAUUUCCUCUUCUUUAAGCUCCUAGAGCCCGCUCUCCUCGCCGCCGCCUCCCCUAGCCUACCCUCCCGUGUCGUCACUCUCUCUUCCUCCGCCCAUAACGUCCACGGUAUCAACAACGCCGAUAACUACGACUUCCAGAAAGGUGGCUAUGACCCCAGCGUGGCCUACGGCCAGUCUAAGACGGCCAAUAUUUACAUGGCCAACGAGAUCGAGCGCCGCUACGGCCCGCAGCACCUACAUGCCACGAGCAUUCACCCGGGAAUUGUCCAGACGGGGCUGACCCAGCACAUGCCCCCGGAUGCUUUCAAGGGGAUGGAGUUCAUAUACCCCACCAUCAAGAGCGUUGAGCAGGGUGCCGCAACAUCGGUGUGGGCGGCCGUCGGCAAGGCAUGGGAACAUGAGGGCGGCAAGUACCUCAUCAACUGCGCUGUGGCAGAGCCGUAUGCGGAAGGGGAUGACAAGUUUUCUGCGCCCGGGUAUGCCCCGUACGCCUAUGACGUGGAAGAAGCGAAGAGGCUAUGGAGCGACUCGCUCAAGCUUGUGGGAUUGCCGGACGAGGAGUAG